GCCACCCCACCUCGCCUCCCCGUUACUCCCCCCGCCAUCAAUGCCCUCUUCCUCCACCUGCGUCCCUCUCCUCCUCCGCCGCUUCGUUCUCCUCCUCUGCUCCGACCACCACUUCGCAGCUGGCUCGCUCUCGACGGCGUUGCCGCCACCGAGCCCGUCGGCGAGACGGAAAUGAAGCCUCUGCACCUGCGGAGCAGCGGCAGCUUCAAGCGCCUGCUGCUCCUCUCCAUCGGCCACCGGUCGCCGCCGACCACAAAUCCGCCGGUGGCGGACGCCGACGCCAGGGAGUCCCCGGAGGAGCCGGGUUCCCCGCGGUGUAGCAGCAGCGGGCCCGCGUGGCGCUGCUUCUCGUACGACGAGGUCGACCGCGCCACGGGCGGGUUCCACGAGCGCAACCUGGUGGGCCGCGGCGGGUCCUCGGAGGUGUACCGCGGCGAGCUCCCCGGCGGGCGCGCCGUGGCGGUGAAGCGCCUGCUGGGCGCGUCGGCGUGCGAGCGGCGGGAGCGGGACUUCCUGGCGGAGCUGGGCACGGUGGGGCACGCGCGCCACCCCAACGUGUGCGGCCUACUGGGGUGCUGCGUCGACCGUGACCUCUACCUCGUCUUCGACUUGUCCCGCCGCGGCUCCGUCGCCGCCAACCUACACGACGAGGCGUUGCCGGCGAUGGGUUGGGCGGCGCGGUACGGCAUUGCGGUGGGCACGGCGCGGGGGCUGGAGUACCUGCACAAGGGGUGCCGGAGGCGGAUCAUCCACCGCGACAUCAAGGCCUCCAACGUCCUGCUCACCGACGACCUGCAGCCGCAGAUCUCCGACUUUGGCCUCGCCAAGUGGCUGCCGUCGGAAUGGACGCACCGCGCCAUCGCGCCCAUCGAAGGCACCUUCGGGUGCCUGGCGCCGGAGUACUACACGCACGGCAUCGUGGACGAGAAGACGGACGUGUUCGCGUUCGGCGUCUUCCUGCUGGAGCUCGUCACCGGGCGGAAGCCGGUGGACGGCAGACACCGGAGCCUCCUCAGCUGGGCCCGGCCGCUGCUGAGCGGCGACGGCAAGGUGGAGGCGCUGGUGGACCCGAGGCUCGGCGGCGACUACGACGGCGAGCAGGCGCGGCGGGUGACGUUCGUGGCGUCGCUGUGCGUCAGGGCGGCGGCGACGUGGCGGCCGUCCAUGACCGAGGUGCUGGAGCUGCUGGAAGGCGGCGAGAUCCGGCAGGACCGGUGGGCGAUGCCAGAGACGGCGGUGGCCAACGACGACGGCGAGCAGCAGCCAUGGUGGUUCGACGUUCUCGACGACUUCGACGACGACGACGACGACCAAGACGCAGGCGGCGAGGAGUUCAGCACCCCGUCCCCUUCCUCCUCCUCGUCGUCGUCAACCACAAGCAAUUAGCCAUUUACAUCCCCAGAUACCUGGACUCACUGUGACGUGGAGUUCUGCUAGUUUGUCCUGAUAGGGGGGAGGGCGGGUCCCACCACCUGUAAAUACAAAAAAAGGUUAUCUCUUGAAAAUGUUUAUU